AUUGUAACAUGUGCAGUUUUGAAAAAUGAAUUAGAAAUUGUCCAACAAUGUUUGGAGAAAAGUGGAAGUCCAAUUGUAUUCUGUCACAACGAUCUUCAGGAGGGUAAUAUAUUGCUACACAAUCAAUAUAGUAUUAAUGAGAAUGGUGAUUUUGAUAUAAACGAAAAUGAGGAUCCAAUUUCACCAAUUGAUUUUGAAUAUGCUAGCUAUAAUUACCGUGGUUUUGAAUUUGGUAAUUAUAUUUGUGAGCAUACAUUGGAUUAUGGUAAUGAUAAACCACCAUUUUACUGGGUAAAACAGGAUCGAAUACCAUCUGAUGAACAGCUUCAUUUUCUUUUUAAUACAUAUUUGGAUGAAAUUGAUCGGCAAAAGAAAAAUGGUAAUCAUUUCUAUCCGGUGAAUGGUUUAUCCAUGAAUCGUGCAGCAGAAAUUCAAAAAUUAUCCAUUGAAGCACAACGUUUUCCAGCUGUAUCACAUCUCUUUUGGUCCAUUUGGUCAUUUUUUUUAGCUGAUGAAUCAUUACCCAUUUCAUUUGAUUAUAUCAGUUAUGGUUUGGAUCGAAUUGCUCUCUAUUACGAAUAUAAACCUCGACUUCUUGAAUAUCUCCAUUGA